AUGGGUCUCUGGGCUCCUUGCAGUGUGUCCUGUGGUGCUGGUGCUCAGAAUAGGCUGAGGCAGUGCAACAAUCCUCUACCUGCCAAUGGAGGCCGACACUGUGCAGGAUCAGACUUAGAGACACGCCGUUGUCAAGGGAAACCCUGUCCAGUGGAUGGUAACUGGUCAGAGUGGUCUCUCUGGGAGGAGUGUUCACGUACCUGUGGUCAGGGCAACAGAACCAGAGUCCGAACCUGCAGUAAUCCUCCAGCCCAGCAUGGAGGCAGGCCAUGUGAGGGAAAGGCAGUGGAGGUCAUCAUGUGCAGUGUCAGACCAUGUCCAGUGGCAGGUAACUGGGGGUCUUGGCUACCAUGGAGCCCAUGCAGUGAGACCUGUGGUAAGGGUAUGCAGUCCAGGAUCCGGCUAUGCAACAACCCCCCUCCAGCAUUUGAUGGGCCGCAGUGUGAGGGCACAGACACACAAACACAAGGUGCAAGGAGAGGCCAUGUCCUGUGGAUGGAAAGUGGUCGUCCUGGGUGAGCUGGGGAGCCUGCAGUGUUUCCUGUGGAGGUGGGACCAGACAGAGAACACGCCUCUGUGCUAGCCCCACACCUCAGCACGGUGGCAGGCAGUGUGAGGGCAACGAUGUGCAU